GAAACUGGCGGCAGUCUGGCUGUGACGUCAUCGCCAGGCUGCUGGAGGCUGCUGCGGCGGCUGCGCACAGCGGCGCACAGCUGCUUCUGUCGCCGUCUCGUCCGCUUCUCUCGGCGGGGUGAAGGAGCCGCGCUAAGCCAGUGGAGGUCGUCGGUUCGCUCGAAAAGGGUGGCUGGAGGCGGGUGGGUGCUGGGGGCUCGUCCCGCCGGCCACAAUGGAGCCAGCGGCCGCCUAUGGAGCCGCCAAAGCCGGGAAGGUCGUCUUCGACCCGGUUGCCUUCUUUACGCAUCCGCGGACCAUCAUGAGGCUGCUGUCGUGGGUGUUCUCCAUGGUGGUAUUCAGCUGCAUCGUCAACGAGGGUUACGUCAACAUCGGCAGCGAGCGUCUGCUGUGCGUGUUCAACAAGAACGCCGACGCGUGCAACUUUGGUGUGACAGUGGGCGUGGCCUGCUUCCUGGCCAGCGCCUUCUUCCUCCUCCUGGACGCCGUCUUCCCGUCCUUCAGCAGCCUGGCGGACAGACGGCGCGCCGUGCUGCUUGACCUCGUCUGCUCAGGCAUGGCCAGCUUCCUGUGGUUCGUGGGGUUCUGCUUCCUGGCCAACCAGUGGCAGGCGACGUCACCGGACGAGCUGCCGUUGUCCCAGGGCGCUGAUGCCGCCCGAGCCGCCAUCGCCUUCUGCUUCUUCUCCAUCAUCACAUGGACGGUGCUGACUCUGAGCGCCCUGCGGCGUUUCCUGUCGGGCUCGCACGCCAACCUGUUCACGUGGCAGCACCUGGACGCCGCCCCCGGCCACGCCCGGGCCACGCCCUACCCCAUCGCCAACGGCGCCACCAUCGUCACCACCAAGCCCUACCAAGCCCCGUCCUUCACUGAGACCCUGGACCCGCAGAAGCUCACGCAGCAGCAGCACAGACCCGUAGCGCCCGCCUUCUAACGCCCGUAACUAAGGCCAGGAUCUUGUUGCCACGGCAACCUGCUUUCUUUGCUCGCUUGGGCACGCACGCUGGCAGCCACG